AUGGUCGCCAAAAUCAGCAUACCGGUUGUAUUCUACAACCAAAUUGGACUUCGCCAGUACCCCGACUCACCGGCCGAGUUCUGGACCGUCAAUCUUUUCAAGGACGAAGUUGAUAACCUGCUCGAGUAUCUCGGGAUCAGAGACAACUUCGACCUUCUCGGGCAUUCAUGGGGAGGCAUCUUUGGUAGCGACUACGCUUCGAACCGUAUGCACCCAGGAUUAAAGCAUCUGAUCCUUGCCAAUACGUUCUGUUCGUCCAAGCUCUACCUUCAAGGCGGAGAGUAUUGGAGAGAUCAUCUUCCCGAUGGGCUCGGCGAAGUGAUCAAAAAGCACGAGGCUGAAGGAACCACAGAUUCUCAGGAAUAUAAAGACGCACUGGUCGUUUAUCGGAACACGCACCUCUGCACAUUGACUCCCUUGCCGGAAAAACUCCUCCAAUCGAUAGGGAAUGCCAAAGGCAACAGUGAGUGGCAUCCCGAGUUUGCCAUGAGCAAGAGGCUGAAAGAUUGGAGUGUCAUCGACCUCCUGCAAAACGUUGCUUGUCCGACGCUUCUCAUUAGCGCGCCGGAGGAUGAUAUGUGGGAGCCGGCCGGACGGCCGUUCUUCCUGAAUAUUCCAAAAUGUAAAUGGGUCGAGUUGCAGAAUAGUACGCACGUACCGAUGUAUGAGGAACCAGAUAAGUAA